UUAAAAUUUUUUUAUUUUAUUAUGAGUGAGAUUGCUGACCAUCAAUUUGAACCGGCUCCUGUGAUUGAUACAAAUGACAGCGAGUUUAAAACACCGCCGAUGGCUCCACUACAACAAGGAUUGCAACAAGACAUUACAACUCGACGAAACAGACCCAAGUAUCUGUAUGAAGGCGCUCUCUACGUUUACCAUGGGAUGAGCUCUAAAAAGGAUGCAAAGUAUUGGCGAUGUGAAUUUUUUAAUGCAAGAGAUAUUAAAUGCAGAGGUUUUUUCUUGUCUUAAAUUUAAGUUUAACUGCUCUAGGACGUCUACACACUGAUCUUAAUGAUGUUGUCAUACGCCAAAUUGGUGAUCACGUUUGCAAUCACAAUGCUGCACGUGUUGAAGCACAACGAAUCUUGUCUGGUAUUAAGCGUCGUGCGAUGGUCACAACAGAAAAACCUCUGCAAAUUCGAAAUCAGACGCUUCAGAAUACUCCAAUGGCUGUGGUUGCUGCGAUGCCUAGCAAGGAGGCAACGAAAAGGAUGAUUAAACGUGCUCGUCGUGGAAUUGAUAUGAACACAUUAUUGAAUCCUCAUGCUUGUCCUAUAUUUAAACAAGAUAAUGGAGAUCAUUAUAUGCCUGGGAAUAUGGUUUAUACUGAAAUUGAUGGACAAAGGGUUGAAAGUUUUGAACACAUCCCAUCUGAUUUUUCAAAGGGUGACGGAAUUGAAGAAAAAUGGCCACGAGUCGGAGGAACUUAUGGAGGUGGUGGGACUCCACAAAUGGGGUCUUCUACUAAUUCGCAUGGAGCAAUUGGCGGCGUGGAUGGGUACCCGAAUAAUCGCCAAGAAACUAAAACAGGUGCAGGUCGUCCACGUAAAAAAGUUAAGCAAGAAUAUCUUUUACCGCCACCACAACCGAUAGCGAUUUUGGACAGAACACUUCCACAUGUUUUUGUCAAUAGAAAAACAAAUGAAUUUAGUUUUAGUUGUAAUAUUGCUGGUUAUACUCCGGAAGAGUUGCAAGUUGAACUUGUUGGUGCUGAGUUAGUAAUUAGCGGAGCUCAUAAACAACAAACAAUAAAUCAAUCAUUUACUGCAUCAUUUUCACGACGUAUAUUACUUCCAGAGGGAGUUCAUAAAGAAACAAUUCAAUGUAGUGUUGAUGAUAAAGGUUUAUUAAAUGUUAUUGGGCAAUUAAUGCAUGUUGGGAAACCAAAAACAAUUCAACAAGAAUUACAACAACAAAUGCAACGACAGCAGAUACAAGAACAACAACAAUUACAAGAGCAGCAGCAUUUACACGAAGAACAACAGUUAGAACAGCAACAACAGCCUUCUGCAUCGUCUGCUGUGACUGGUGAAAUUGAUGUUGUUUGA